AUCGUUUAUUAGGUACUCCAUGUAAAAUAUUGUUUAGUGGAUGUAAAUAGUACAUAUGGCCAGCACGUUUUCACAUGAAAUGGAUAAAUCACAAAAGCAAAACAAAAUUUGUGGCGAUAAAAAGGCUAAGGCCAAAACGAAAUGGGCGAAACGACAAGCAAGAUUGAAGAAGGUCAAAGACGAAGACGACGAGAUGAAGGCUUUGGAUGAAACGAUAGCUGAUUUUGAAUCAUCAACAGUCCGAACAUUUUCGGACAUACCAUUAUCCAACCGUACUCAAAGAGCAUUGCAAAGUUGUGGUUAUACAAGUCCAACUGAGAUCCAGAAACAAGGUAUUCCUGUUGCAUUGAAAGGUCUCGAUGUGCUUGGUGCAGCCAAGACUGGAUCAGGAAAAACAAUGGCUUUUCUAAUACCUAUGCUUGAGUGCCUGUGGAAGUUGAAAUGGUCUUCAAUUGAUGGCCUUGGGGCUUUAGUUAUAUCACCAACCAGAGAACUGGCUUACCAAACAUUUGAAGUUCUGCGUAAGAUUGGCAAGCACCAUGAUCUAUCAGCAGGUCUCAUCAUUGGUGGUAAAGAAGUGAGUUUUGAGCAGCAGAGAAUACAGAAAACCAACAUUAUUGUCUGUACUCCUGGAAGAUUGUUGCAGCACAUGGAUGAAACACCAAAUUUUGAUUGCAGCAAUCUAAAAAUGUUGGUUCUUGACGAAGCCGAUCGAAUAUUGGAUAUGGGUUUUAGUGAGACAGUCAAUGCUAUAAUAGAAAAUCUACCACAAGAAAGGCAAACUCUCUUAUACUCUGCUACACAAACGAGGUCAGUCAAUGAUUUGGCAAGGCUAAGUUUGCAUGAUCCUGAGUAUGUGUCAGUUUACAAGGAUUCAGAAUCGACGACUCCACAAGAAUUAAUCCAAAGUUAUGUCAUCUGUGAUCUUCAAGACAAAACAAACUUUAUCUACUCAUUUAUUAAAAACCAUUUGAAGAGCAAGAUUUUGGUGUUUUUGUCCAGCUGCAAACAGGUGAAAUAUAUCUACGAAGCUUAUCGGCGUUUAAGACCCGGUAUCCCGUUACUGGCUUUGUAUGGAAAACAGAAUCAAAUCAAGAGAGUCGCUAUUUACAAUGAUUUUUGCAACAAAAAUUCAGCCGUGCUCUUUGCUACUGAUAUUGCCGCACGAGGACUAGAUUUUCCCGCCGUUCAUUGGGUCAUACAACUUGACUGUCCAGAAGAUUCUAAUACCUACAUUCAUCGCGCUGGUAGAACAGCGAGGUAUCAACGUGGAGGCCAUUCGUUGUUAAUUCUUCUUCCAUCAGAAGAAUCGGAAAUGUUGAAAGAACUGGAGAAGAAGAAAGUUCCAAUAACUGAAAUAAAAGCAAAUCCAAAGAAACUUUGUAACAUAAACAAGAAGUUGGACGGAUUAUGUGCUCAGGAUCAAGAUUUAAAACAUUGGGCUCAAAAGAGUGUCGUAUCUUACGUAAGAUCGGUGUAUCUUCAGUCCAAUAAAAGGAUAUUUAAAGUUGAUGAAUUACCCGUGGAGAAAUAUGCAGCAUCUUUGGGAUUGUCAACAGCACCAAGAAUAAGAUUUUUACAGAAGAAAGCCAAGAAGGAACGCGGUCAGACAGUUGCAAAAAACGAACAAAAAAAUGAAUCUAACGAUGGAGAAUCAAUCCAAGAUGAAACCGUGACGACUGUUGAAGAUGACUUUCUUGUGUUGAAACGAAGAGAUGUCGAAUUACCUCUAGAAGUUGACGAGAAGACUGACGAGAAAGUGGAUAAGAAAAUGAAGACAAAAAUUACGUCCGCGAAGAAAGUUUUAAGAAAAAGCAUCAAAAUGAAUAGCAAAAUUAGCUUUGACGACGAUGGAGAGCCACUUCAGAGAAUAGAUGAUAAUCAGGACACAGAUGAUGAGGGUGGAAUCGAUCUGAAGAAGUCUUCUCAAUAUCUCGUCAAACAGGAUAAACUAGAUAAGAAGGAAUUUCGAGAAAGAAUUAAACAAAAGCAUCGCGAGAGAAAGAUGAAAGACAAAAUGAAUAGAAGACAUGAUGAGGAGGAAGUCACAGAAGUUGCGUUAAAUGAUCCUAUUGAAGACUCCAUCAAUCCAGGGACGGAAAGUGAGACAGAUGAUAUGAGAUCACCGAGGAAAAAGCGAAGAAGAGAUAACGAAAGACAUACGAAUGACAUUAAAAAUGGACCAAAUACUUCACUAUGGGACGAGGACGGAAAUACGUCAUUGCGAGAUGACGAGGAAUUAGCUUUAAGAUUAUUAACUGACUGAAGCCAUAAUUAUUUCUGGUAUUUUGUUGCGAUCCAUCUUAUGAAUGAAAAUUAAAGAUAUCUACUCUGCUGUCUGAAUUGGUACAUCUUAAGUAUAUUGUGGGUUCAAUAUUUAUUCACGAAUAUCUUCGUAUUGUUUGAAUUGAUCAUUUGUAUUGUUUGAAAUUUAUUAUAGGCGUUUACCAGUAGAAAUAUUGAUUUAUUUUUAUAUAUUAGCUAUAGUAGAUCUUCCACGUAGUAAUAUUUACAAUAAAUUUCCAACUGCGUGACGUUUCGGUUUCCCAUACGGGAAAUGCAAAAAAAACGCAAAUCUUUUCAAAUAUCUAGAAGGACUGCAAACCACUCAACCUAAAGUUCGUAGAUGAAACCCAAUGAAGAAAAAGUAAUGCUUUGCACUCUUGUGUUUACUUUUGAUAAUGAACGUCUGACAUUUAAUACAGAGAUUUUAAUGUUUAACUUCAAUCUUCACGGAAAAAUCUUGGCCUUUCAGACCUUACCAGAAGGGUUACGCUAGCAAGAGAUCUAACCUUGAACAAUUUUUAGGGGCAUUUAGGCCGUAUUCUGUGCCCCGAAAAUGUGCUUAGAAAACGAUUUUCGUAUGUAAAAAUAUAUGACUAAAUAAAAAUCACACAGAAAUACUUAAUAAAACUUACUUAUUAAGA